UAUGACGGGACUAAGGAGGGUAAAGAGAUCAAUUUAUACAACUAGAAAUCCUAUACCUAUCUCUAUCAGAUUGAGUAAUUUUUCGUUACUCUUACGUCCAGCGUUUAAUAGACGCUUUAAAGAUGUUGCUCUUGAAAUAGAUGGUAAAAAGGUGACGGAUGAAUUUGAUCCGUAUAAUUAUAUGGAAGGAAAAGUUCAAUUCGUAACAGAUUCUAAUGUAGUUGGAUACUUUAAUAGGAAUAUAUUUGUAGGUCAUUUUCGUAUUGGCAAUGAUCAUUUUGAAGUUGAAUUAGCUAAACAAUAUAGAUGGGAAGAUAAUGAAACGAAUUUUCAUUCAAUCCUUUAUAAUCAUAAAGAUUUAAAACCGCUAAAUAUUUAUAAAAAUACACGAAAUCAGAUACGGUUAAAGAGAGCCGCCUUUCCGAAGAGAAAAUCUGUCUAUUAUGCAACCAGAACAGACAAUGAAGGGGCGGAAAGACGUAGAACCAAUAAAAGUGAGCCGAAAGUAUGUUACAUGAGAUUGAUUAGUGAUCCUACCGCGCACGAUUAUUACAUGAAACAGAAUGCUAUGAGUUUUUCCGAAGCUACUCAAGAAGUUUAUUUCCAUAUGCUUUCCUCUAUCAAAUCCGCCAAUGAUUGGUAUAGAAAGGAAACAUUCGCGACUCGUGGCUUUUCGACAACUAACAUUCAAAUAAAGCCUCGAUUAUUAUCAAUGAAUACAUCAAGGAUCUGUCAAAAAUCGCCUAAACUUCUAUAUUGUCGAAAGAAUCUAGCAAUUCAACCUAUUCUUCGUGAGAUUUCUCUAGCAAAUAAUGAAGAAUUCUGCCUUGUUCACCUAUUUACAAUGAGGCAAUUUGAAGAUUCGACAAUGGGAUUAGCGUUUACUGCAAGAAACGAAGACGACUCUCAAGCAGGAAUUUGCGGUAAAUAUAAAGAAUGCUAUAAUGAUUAUAUAGGACUUAUUGGCAAAGCAACAAUGAAUACAGGUGUUUCCACCAGAGUUCUUUAUGGAAAAUUACAGGCUCCCUUAUUCAGUAGAAUAACAUUUACGCAUGAAUUGGGGCAUAAUUUUGGGGCUAACCACGAUGAGAAAUAUUCUACAUGCUCCGGUAAUGAAGAUGGGAGAUAUAUAAUGUGGCAGCUGUCGCUUCACGGAAACCAACCGAAUAAUGUCAAAUUUAGUUCCUGUAGUAAAGAACUCAUUGCGAAGAUUCUUAGAAGGGUAUUAUUAACAUCGUUAACAGCGGAGGGCAUUAGCAGGAGUAAUUGUUUAAAAGGCCUUGACGAAAAGACUUGUGGUAAUGGUAUAAUAGAAGGUGAUGAGGAAUGUGAUUGUGGUUAUGAAACAGAUUGUAUUGUCGAUUCAAAGUGUUGCAAUCCUCGCUUGUCAAUAAGAUCUCAACAUCAAGAUAAUAAAAACUCAUGUAAACUUAGACCAUAUUCUAACUGUAGUGUUUCUCAGGGCAAAUGUUGUGAUCCUGGCACGUGUCAAUUCAAGGCCAUUGGGUCUUUAUGCAAAGAAGAAACGGAAUGCUUAUAUAGGGCAGAUUGCAGCGGAAGUAAUGCUAUCUGUCCACAUCAGAUUAGAAAGCCAAAUAUAGAGACCACUUGUAAUGGUAAUAGGGCUACAUGCAAAGAUGGAAAUUGUACGGGAUCAUUAUGCUUGUUAGCUGAAAGUCAACCUUGUACAAUGUCUCUAACCGAUCGAAACAGUCACAAAGUUUUGUGUCAGAUAAGCUGCCUAAAUAAGAAGGGAGACUGCGUUGUAUUAACGCAUGAAGUUCUAGCCAAUUUCCAAGAAUUUAAACAGAUUCGCAAGGUCGUUGGCAACGUGGCAGUACUUUACAAACCAAUUGGUUUUAGUUGUAAUAAGUCAAACGGUGUUUGCGAUAUGUUAUCUUAUUGUCGUGAUCCAACACCAGAUGGCCCUCUGAUCAUUUUAGCAAAUCUUUUACUAGGAACUGGACCUACUAGUUUAAACGACUUUAUGAAAAAGUAUUGGUUCACUUCCGUUAUCAUCAUGCUACUCCCCCUAUUAUUUUUCCUAUCCCUAUUACAAUUUUGCGAUGUUCAAAUUGGCUAUAUAGACAAAGCUGUUGAUAAACUGUCAGGGGCAAGUGAAAGUUUCUCCCAGUUGUCACUCAAUAAGAUCGGCAGGCGAGUAGUGUCUAAACUAUCACUUGGAAAGUACGAAACAAAGUCAAGAUUAAAACUAAAUCGAAUACCAUCAGUUGCGAAAUCGGCUGUUAGUAAACUAAGCAAAAGUAAAUCAUCAUUAGUUUUGGAUAGGAUUCGCAUACUGUUAGAUAAAGAAGUUUUAUGGAGUAAAGCCGAAGAAGACAUUUAUAAACUAUCAGUAAGAGUUCGACAGAAGUUGUAUACUUCAAUUCCUAAACAAAAUUCCUCAAUGAACGAUUUUAAUGACUUAAAAGAUGCCGACAAAGAAUAUUUAUAUUACGUAACAAAAAUGGGGGAGGAUCCAUUAUACAUUCUUAAGAAUCCAUUUAAAUACCUUUGGUUGUCGCAACAGUUUCGUAAGAGAUCAAAUUUUAAGAAUGCCGAACAAGAAUUUAAAAUGAAAAGAAUUGAAGAAUUAAGUAAAAAACACUUUAAAUGCGAAAGAAAUAGACAAGAACCACCUUUAAACUAUUACAAGGAUAAAUAUGAUAAAUUCGACAUUCUAAGUUUUAUAUAA